AUGGCUGUCCUGGAACCAAACGACUGGGAGGAGACGAGGCUCCGCCUCAGCAGCCUGGCCCCUCCCCGCUAGGCCCCGCCCAGAGCCCACCCCCUCGGCCUGGGCAGCACGGGUUGUGAGGUGUUUCAGCACAGCGCCUGCGCAGUGGACAGCGGCGCGAGGGGCGGGGCGAGGCUUUAUAACCACUUUGUCAACGCCGUUUGGUUUCUGUCUUGGAGAGGGCGGCGGCGACUGGGGCGCCGGUUGGGGGGCUGCUGAGGCGGGAGCUGUGGUGGCGCUGGGCGCCCCUCGCCUCUCGGCCCUUGGGGGCGAUGGGCUCGGAGAAGGACUCCGAGUCGCCGCGCUCUACAUCCCUACACGCGGCUGCGCCGGACCCCAAGUGCCGCAGCGGCGGCCGGCGCAGACGCCUCACCUUCCACGGCGUCUUCUCUGCCUCGGCCCGCGGCCGCCGCGCCCGGGCCAAGCCGCAGGCCGAGCCGCCCUCCCUCAGUUUGGAUUAUGCUGUUAUUGCCUAUGGCUGUGCCAGCUGCCCAAAGCUGACCUGUGAGAGGGAAGGUUGCCAGACUGAGUUCUGCUACCAUUGCAAGCAAAUAUGGCAUCCAAAUCAGACAUGCGAUAUGGCCCGGCAGCAGAGGGCACAGACUUUGCGAGUACGGACCAAGCACACUUCGGGGCUCAGUUAUGGGCAAGAAUCUGGACCAGCAGAUGACAUCAAGCCAUGCCCACGAUGCAGUGCUUACAUUAUCAAGAUGAAUGAUGGAAGCUGUAAUCAUAUGACCUGUGCAGUGUGUGGCUGUGAAUUCUGUUGGCUUUGUAUGAAAGAGAUCUCAGACUUGCAUUACCUCAGCCCCUCUGGCUGCACUUUCUGGGGCAAGAAGCCAUGGAGCCGUAAGAAGAAAAUUCUUUGGCAGUUGGGCACAUUGAUUGGUGCUCCGGUGGGGAUUUCCCUCAUUGCUGGCAUUGCCAUUCCUGCCAUGGUCAUUGGCAUUCCUGUUUAUGUUGGCAGGAAGAUUCACAGCAGGUAUGAAGGAAGGAAAACCUCCAAACAUAAGAGGAAUUUGGCUAUCACAGGAGGUGUGACUUUGUCGGUCAUUGCAUCCCCAGUUAUUGCUGCAGUUAGUGUUGGUAUUGGCGUCCCCAUUAUGCUGGCUUAUGUCUACGGGGUUGUGCCCAUUUCUCUCUGUCGCGGAGGCGGCUGUGGAGUUAGCACGGCCAAUGGAAAGGGAGUGAAAAUUGAGUUUGAUGAAGAUGAUGGCCCAAUCACAGUGGCAGAUGCCUGGCGAGCCCUCAAGAACCCCAGCAUUGGAGAAAGCAGCAUUGAAGGUCUGACUAGUGUCUUGAGCACCAGUGGAAGCCCUACAGAUGGACUCAGUGUUAUGCAGGGUCCAUACAGCGAAACAGCCAGCUUUGCAGCCCUCUCAGGGGGCACACUGAGUGGUGGCAUUCUUUCCAGUGGCAAGGGAAAAUACAGCAGGUUAGAAGUCCAAGCCGAUGUCCAAAAGGAAAAUUUCCCCAAAGACACAGCCAGUCUUGGUGCAAUUAGUGACAACGCAAGCACUCGCGCUAUGGCCGGUUCCAUAAUCAGUUCCUACAACCCACAGGACAGAGAAUGCAACAAUAUGGAAAUCCAAGUGGACAUUGAAGCCAAACCAAGCCACUAUCAGCUGGUGAGUGGAAGCAGCACAGAGGACUCGCUCCAUGUUCAUGCUCAGAUGGCAGAGAAUGAAGAAGACGGUGGUGGUGGUGGUGGCAGCAGCAGCAGCAGUGAAGAGCAUCCCUCCUGCAGACACCAAAGCUGUGAACAGAAAGACUGCCUGGCCAGCAGACCUUGGGACAUCAGCCUGGCCCAGCCUGAGAGCAUCCGCAGUGACCUGGAGAGCUCUGAUACACAGUCAGAUGAUGUGCCAGACAUCACUUCCGAUGAGUGUGGCUCCCCUCGCUCCCAUACUGCAGCCUGCCCCUCGACUCCCAGAGCCCAAGGUGCACCGAGCCCAAGUGCCCAUAUGAACCUCUCGACCCCAGCUGAGGGGAAGACUGUCUUGAAGCCAGAAGGUGCAGAAGCCAGAGUAUGAAGUGGAAUGAAUGCUCCUGUUCUGAGAAGCACACUUGUAACUGCAUCUUUUGGAAUCUUUUUUGGGGGGUGGGGUGGGGUGGAGAUUUAUGUAUUUUAUUUCAAAGAUUCUCUGGUCACAAGUUUUCCUCAAGGAAAUUCUAAGAAAUUUGCAAUUUCUUACAGAUAAAACAUGGAAAUUUUGCCCUUAUUCCUACCCCCUUCCCCUCUUUUUUAGUUUUAAUUUAUUGGUUAAACCCACGGUGGCAAUCCGUUAGGUGUGUCAAAGAGUGUACAGAUGUAUGUGUGUAUAUCGUAUGUAUGCUAACCUUACUUAAGGACACAUUUUAAUAAAGAUUUCUGUUGCAAUUCAA